ACUCAUUGUUGCUGUCAGACAGUUCGGAAUGGCUGGCAGACAGUUUGUGAAAGUGUAUCUGGAUCUCAUGUCACAGCCAUGCAGGGCUGUACUAAUAUUCCUCAAAAACAACAAAAUACCACAUACGGUGGUAAACGUUGCAUUACGAAAAGGGGAGCAGACAUUACCUGAGUUCACCAAACUCAACCCCAUGCAGAAAGUGCCAGUGAUGGAAGACAAUGGAUUUGUCCUCACUGAGAGUGAUGCUAUAUUAAAGUAUCUGGCAACAACCAACAACGUCCCUGAUCACUGGUACCCCAAACACCCUGAGAAGAGAGCCCGGGUGGACGAGUACACAGCAUGGCAUCACAUGAACACACGCAUGCACGCUGCAAAAGUCUUCAUGUUUGAAGUGUUGCUACCGCGUAUGAUGGGACAGCCCACAGAACCUGUGAAGAUAGAGAAGGCAUUGGUGGAGCUGGAGGGCACACUGGACAAGCUGGAAAACAUGUUUCUCAAGAGACAGGCCUUCCUAUGCGGCGAUGACAUCUCAUUGGCUGAUUUGUUAGCAAUUUGUGAGCUCAUGCAGCCUCUGGGCAGCGGGAGGGACGUUCUGAAGAACAGACCCAAACUGCUGAGCUGGAGAAACCGUGUGCAGUCUGCGCUCGCCGACUCCUUUGAUGAAGCACACAGCAUUGUCUACCGUCUCAGGGAUAAAUCCAAAGCCAAACUGUGAAAAAUCAGGCCUUGCUACUCAUUGUAACUCAGUCUUGACAGAGAAAAUACACCGAUAAGCCACAUCAUUAAAACCACCUGCCUAAUAUUGUGUAGGUCCCCCUCAU